GUCAGGGCUGGGUUCCCCCCUCCCUUCUUGGUCGCAAGUAGCUUUCCUUCCCCCCCCCCCCUCCUCUUUUCUCCCCUCUUCUGCACUACAACGGCUCCCCGGCUCCCGGCGGCUGGCCGGCCCUCCCUCCCUCCUUCCUUCCCUCUUCCCUUCCCUCCCUCUCUCUCCCCCUUCCUUCCCUCCCUCCUUCCUUCCUUCCCUUCCCCUCCACUCCUCUGCCGGCACAGUGUCGCGUAAACCUGUUUGGUGAGGCGCCCGCCUGAAGGCGCAGGGUCGGACCGCGCUCGCGGCUGCUGCGUUGGGGGGGCCUGAUUCUCACUCCUUGGCUCCCGGGAGCCCCCCUGCCCAGGAACAGACAUGUAUUCGGGAGCAGGACCCGCACUUACGGCUCCUCCAACACCACCCUCACCAAUGCAGGCGACGUAUACCUUUAAGCCUCCACCUAGACCAGACUUUGGGACUUCUGGGAGAACAAUCAAGCUACAGGCUAAUUUCUUUGAAAUGGACAUUCCAAAAAUUGACAUCUAUCAUUAUGAAUUAGAUAUCAAGCCGGAGAAAUGCCCUAGAAGAGUUAACAGAGAAAUAGUGGAGCAUAUGGUCCAGCACUUUAAAACACAGAUCUUUGGGGAUCGUAAACCAGUAUUUGAUGGAAGAAAAAACCUCUAUACAGCAAUGCCUCUUCCCAUUGGGAGGGAUAAAGUGGAGUUGGAGGUCACGUUACCCGGAGAAGGAAAAGACAGGAUAUUUAAGGUGGCCAUAAAAUGGAUGUCAUGUGUGAGUCUCCAAGCUCUGCAUGAUGCACUCUCUGGUCGCCUACCGAGCGUUCCUUUUGAAACCAUCCAGGCACUGGAUGUAGUGAUGAGGCAUUUGCCAUCCAUGAGGUACACACCUGUGGGCCGAUCGUUUUUUACUGCAUCCGAAGGAUGCUCAAACCCUCUUGGUGGGGGAAGGGAAGUUUGGUUUGGAUUCCAUCAAUCAGUCCGACCUUCACUUUGGAAAAUGAUGUUGAACAUUGAUGUUUCAGCAACGGCCUUUUACAAGGCACAGCCAGUAAUUGAGUUUGUUUGUGAAGUUUUGGAUUUCAAAAGUAUUGAAGAGCAACAGAAACCUCUGACAGAUUCCCAAAGGGUAAAGUUUACCAAAGAAAUCAAAGGUCUAAAGGUAGAGAUAACACACUGUGGACAGAUGAAGAGAAAGUACCGUGUGUGUAAUGUCACCAGACGACCAGCAAGUCACCAAACAUUCCCACUUCAGCAAGAGAGUGGCCAGACUGUUGAAUGUACGGUGGCACAGUAUUUUAAAGACAGACAUAAGUUGGUUCUACGUUAUCCUCACCUUCCAUGUUUACAAGUUGGACAGGAGCAAAAGCAUACAUACCUCCCCCUCGAGGUAUGCAACAUAGUGGCAGGACAGAGAUGUAUAAAGAAACUGACCGACAAUCAAACCUCUACUAUGAUACGGGCAACUGCAAGAUCAGCGCCUGAUCGGCAAGAAGAGAUCAGCAAAUUGAUGCGAAGUGCGAGUUUCAAUACAGACCCUUAUGUUCGUGAGUUUGGCAUAAUGGUUAAAGAUGAAAUGACAGAUGUCACUGGCCGAGUCUUGCAGCCACCAUCAAUCCUCUAUGGAGGCAGGAAUAAAGCAAUUGCUACACCUGUCCAGGGGGUUUGGGAUAUGAGGAAUAAGCAGUUCCACACUGGAAUUGAAAUCAAAGUCUGGGCAAUUGCUUGCUUUGCACCCCAACGGCAGUGUACUGAAGUCCAUCUUAAGUCCUUCACAGAACAACUCAGAAAGAUUUCAAGAGAUGCAGGAAUGCCAAUCCAAGGUCAGCCAUGUUUCUGCAAAUAUGCCCAAGGAGCAGAUAGUGUUGAGCCUAUGUUUAGGCACCUAAAAAACACAUAUGCUGGAUUGCAGCUAGUAGUGGUCAUUCUGCCUGGCAAAACCCCUGUUUAUGCGGAAGUGAAACGUGUUGGGGACACUGUGCUUGGCAUGGCCACACAGUGUGUUCAGAUGAAAAACGUGCAGAGAACCACACCACAGACCCUGUCAAAUCUUUGCUUAAAGAUCAAUGUCAAGCUAGGAGGAGUAAACAACAUCUUACUGCCCCAGGGAAGGCCUCCAGUAUUUCAACAGCCUGUCAUCUUUCUGGGUGCAGAUGUCACUCACCCCCCAGCAGGAGAUGGAAAAAAGCCUUCUAUUGCCGCAGUUGUAGGAAGCAUGGAUGCCCACCCCAAUCGUUACUGUGCAACUGUGCGAGUUCAGCAGCACCGGCAAGAGAUCAUCCAAGAUUUGGCUGCAAUGGUCCGAGAGCUCCUUAUUCAGUUCUAUAAAUCAACACGCUUCAAACCAACUCGCAUCAUCUUCUAUAGAGAUGGUGUUUCUGAGGGACAGUUUCAACAGGUUCUUCAUCAUGAGCUGUUGGCCAUCCGAGAGGCAUGCAUUAAACUAGAAAAAGACUACCAGCCUGGAAUUACAUUUAUAGUUGUUCAGAAAAGGCACCACACCAGGCUUUUCUGCACUGACAAAAAUGAACGGGUUGGGAAGAGUGGAAAUAUUCCAGCAGGAACAACAGUAGACACCAAAAUUACCCAUCCAUCUGAAUUUGACUUUUACCUGUGCAGCCAUGCUGGUAUUCAGGGAACAAGCAGGCCUUCACACUAUCAUGUCCUUUGGGAUGACAAUCGUUUUUCUUCAGAUGAACUACAGAUUUUGACUUAUCAACUGUGUCAUACCUAUGUGCGCUGUACACGCUCUGUCUCUAUCCCUGCACCAGCCUAUUAUGCGCACCUGGUGGCCUUUAGGGCCAGAUAUCAUCUGGUGGAUAAAGAACAUGAUAGUGCCGAAGGAAGCCACACGUCUGGUCAGAGUAAUGGCAGAGACCACCAAGCACUUGCGAAAGCAGUACAGGUUCAUCAGGACACGCUUCGUACCAUGUACUUUGCUUAACAUGUUUUAGUGUUUAGCGAUUUAGGACAGAGUUGGAUUCACAUGAGACCAGCUACACUCAGACCAACUGUUGCCCAGCCCUCCCAUGACAGCCAGCAAGGAGCAGGAUGCAUCUAGGUUCUUUACCAUGUGCAAGAAAGAAAGCCGUCCCUGAAUUAAGACUUGGAUUUUGAACUGCAGACCUGUAAAACUCCCCUCCCACUGCCCUCAUCUUUCACCCAUAUCCCCCACCCCUGCCACUGUUGGAAAUGUGGUUUGCCAAAAUCUAUAGGCUGCUUUUCAGAAUACAGACCCAAGUUUCCUAAAAUUAAUUCAAGAGCUAUUAUCUCAGGGCUUUAAAAACAAAAAAAAAACCACACACAAACAGACUUUAUUUUACCUGUCAUUCAAUUUACUUGUGAACAAUCUAAUGCGCCACAAAAUUGAUGGGAUUCAAAAGCUGUGACUUUCCUUAAAGAGUACAAAGGAACAAAAACACAGAACACUAUUCUGGUUUUAAAGCCUUGGCUAUUCUGUAUGCAUCCACUAGUUUUAUUUUCAAAGGCAAACUAGUUUGCUCCCAUUGUAACUUAUAACCAACUUUCUACUAAGCAAAUGGCAGAUUUAUUUUCUGAGCUUUGUUCUCCAAUGCCUCCUUUUCUCCUACGUUAUUGAUGUUUUUAUUAGAUUAAAAUACGAAACUCUUGCCGGAAAUAGGACAUGUUGAAAACUUUUAAGAGGUCCGAGCAAUUGGCAGAUAAGUGCCAUUUUAAUAAAAUUUUGUAGGAAAAAAAAAAAAGAAAAAAAGUACCGACAGCUAGUCAUAAGAUUUGUCCUCUAGGACUGUGAUACUUACUUUCCAAAGUCUCUAAAGAAUACGGGUCUGUGGUGAUAAAUACAGUACAAUCCUUUUUCACUGUUAAGUCUUUAAUGUAAAAAAAAAAAGAUUAUAUAUGGUUAGCAGUAUUAAUGUGAUAGGUUAGGCGCUGUUAUUUUAUUUGCCAAGGGGUGCUCCUCAUGUUUUCUGUUUAACAUAUCAAGAGCAUUUUGGAUUCUAGAAAUGAAAACCACAUCAUGUGGAUACUAAUGUUUGAGUACAGAAAUAUGCAAUUGACUUUAAUGUGACAGAGAUCAGAGAGGCAUAUAAUUAGUGUGGAUAGUUUAACCUGCAGUUCCAAAAAUAACAAGUGUGCCCACAUCACAGCAGGCAGUGUUGUUUCCAUGAGCAGUUCUGAUGGGCACAUGCCCUCCCUUCUCCAUGGGUUUAAGCACAAAAUGGAAUUUAUUUAUUCUUUUGAUUAUUGGGAAGCCAAAAGUUGUUGAUGUUCAAGAAGGCAGUUCUGUUUUCUGGUUUUAUUAUGGAAGUGUCAUGGAAUCUAUGCAGUAAAAUAUCUAGGAAAUCACUGACGUUUACUUGUGGAGAAAGAGUAAUCUCUCUGUUAUGCAUUAAGUCAAUAGUAAGAGAGAUUUGGCCAUUCUCUUAAGAAAAGCAUUAAAAUCGAUAAGUACGAGGCAUGUAUAUUUCUGUCAGGGUUUGCACACUGGGGUCACUUGCAUUUAUUACAUGUAUAAACCAUUGCACUAAUAAUGAUAUACCGUGGACAAUUUUGAGGGGAUACAAACAAGAACACUGUUUUGUGCUGAUUUGCUUUUUUUUUCUGUGCGAUAUUUUGAAGCAACUGAUCCAUGUUAAAUGUGUAGACAUAGGAGAAAAGUAACCUUUGCUUCUUCACCCAUUAAGCUUUCUCAUUUUGUUCUACCAUUGAACCACAUUUACCUCCAGCCAACAUGGCAGGCAACCAGCUUAUUUGGAGCUAUGGACUGGACUGUGGUGUAGGCUCCUAAGUUCUCUAUAUUUGUUAUUUUACUGGCUAUGAGUUUGGGGGAUUUAACCACACUUCAAGUUAUAAUGAACACCUUGCCCAUGUUAUUUUGGCUGAAAUAACAAAUGGAUGAGUGUUAUUUACAUAUCUAUGUAUUUGUGUGUGUGUGUUUGUGUGUAGUAUGUGUGUGCUUAUCUUCUAAUGGCAUUAGUCUUAUCUUGCUGUUUAAGUCAUUUGCUGUAUCGUUUUCAUUUUAUAUAUAUAUAUAUAUAUAAAAAUUGUUCCAGAAGAUUCUACAGGAAA